CACCCAACUGGAAAUGAAACUGCUGGGUGUCCUUGUCUGAUCACUGUCUUGCGUAUUCCUCUCAGGUAGCAGGAAGAUGGACAGCUGCAUUUGAUUUGGAAAGGACGAUCAUUUCUCAACAAUGCAGCUGAAGAUGGUUUUUGAAUGGUCUAGCCCUUGGACUGUCCUUGUGAGCCUCACAAUCGCCUGUUUGGUGACACCUGUGAAUACCAAAGAGUGCAAUGGCCUUUUCCCAGAUGAACAGCGAAUAUGUGAAGGCAACAAGAGCAUGGCACUGGAAUCCAAACUACGUUCUGGCAACCUAAGUGAUUUCUGUAGCUUUACAGUCUCACAAUAUGCAUGUACUAAGUGUAACUUGCUGGCAAACUUAACCAGUAGCGAUUUGGCCUCAAUCUUCGAAUGUUUUGCUGUCACGAGACCUUUGGGCUUCUCUGAUGUCAAUGCUACCAUACUAUUCAUACAGAAGAUCAGUCUACUGAAAUUUGAGGAGUUGCUGAAGAAGGUCAACGCAAAGAUUAAUGACACACUUUCAGUUCCUCUGAUGGCCAAAGAAACAAUCCUUCGUGCCGUGUGGGAGAGAUAUAAAGCCGACACAAGAUUAAAAAAUUCCACAUUUCUCGGGACCUUUCUACAGCUCCUCAGACCAUUUAUUGCUGGCAUUUCUAAACCCAUUCUGCAAUCUCUUCCAUACUCGAAUAUAUCAUGUGAUGACUUCAAAGCAUUUGUGCAAGGAUUCAAAGCAGGUCUGGCAGAGAUGACAUUGAAUACAAAAGCAGCUCUAGAGGAAUGGAUCUUUAGUUACAUCAAUGCCACAGGCGUGAGCUGCAUCACCAAGACGAGUGAGUCCAGGGAUUGGUUGGUGAAGAACUGGGAAUUCAUCAAUGAACUCAUUCUGACUAUGAAUCUUACUCAGCAGAAAAUCAAUUCCAGUGCAAUGAGCACGACAGUGAUUCAAAACACGACAGUGAGUGACACAUUACUCAGUAGUAUCUUUGGCACCCUGAAACCUUUGUUUCCUGCGUUUAAACCUGUUAACUUCACAGACUGGUUCGAGAAGAGGCUAACAGUACUGUUACCCAGAAUUACAAGCUUUGAGCUUGCUAGCAUACCCACAAACAUAACAUGUGAAUCUUACCAGGCCAUAAUGAAGGGGUUUAACAGUGUAAUAAACUUUACAUUACCACAACUUGGAUAUCUGUACAGAUUUGGCAAAAAUGUCCUCUCCCAUCACAUCAUUUUAUCAGGUUCGGAAUGUGAUGCUAAUGUGACAAAAGGCCACGACUGGAUACAAAGGAGAUUGAUACAAUCCUUAAGAGGCUUGUCGUACAGGAGCUUCUUAGCUCUGAACUUUUCUGGAUUUGAAAUACUGGACCUCCUCACUCCACAAUUACUUUCUGGGUUGACUGUGCACUCUGAUGCUUUGAAUAACAUGGACAAAAUUGGCCAGAUUAUUGAUGCACUUGCUGGCAGAAGUUUCAGUGACCUGAUUGCAUACUUGACACAAAUUGUUUCUGAUACUCAAGAGAUGAAUGUUACAACAUUUCAAAAUGCGACAGUAAGACGCUUGAUGCUGAGCAAGAUCAUGAAGUUGCUGGAACCCCUCUUUCCGAUGUUUAAUACCAGCGACUAUGUUGACAUGUUCCAGAGGAAAUUAAUUCUGCUGUUGCCUAGUAUCACAGGAAAGGAGCUUGCCACCAUACCCACCAACAUAAGCUGUGCAUCAUAUCAAGCAAUCAUUCAAGGUCUAAGUGAUUUGUAUCUAAAUCUGUCUGAGUCACAACACAGAGACAUCUACAACUUCAGCAGAAAUUUCUUGACCUUUCAGGUUAACUUUGCAGGUUCCAAAGGUAUUCCAUGUGCUUCUGACAAGGCUGGAAUCCAUUACUGGCUACAGAAGAAUUUUAAGAAAUUCAUUGCCCAGGUUUCCUACAUUGAUAUACUUCAGUUGAACAAGAACUUGUCUGUAUAUGAAAUAUUGGAACUACUGAAUGCACCCCAACUCUCGGGACUGACUGUAAAGUCACUGAAUAACACAUCUCACAUCAAAAUGAUCAUUGAUACCCUUGGCAAUAGAAGCUUCACUGAACUGAUCAUCUUUAUUACCCAAUUUGUGAAUGAGACACAAGUGAUGAAAAUUACAUCCAUUCAACACACAGUAGUAAGGGACACAUUGUUGAAUGGGAUUAUGCGGCUAUUGGGACCCCGGUUUGUAAGAUUCAAUACCACAGAUUAUGUUGAAUGGUUCCAGAAAAGAUUACAAUUACUGCUGCCCAGUAUCACAGCCAAGGAUCUGGCCUCUAUCCCCACUAAUAUCUCAUGUGAAUCAUACCAAGCCAUAUUGAAAGGACUGGAUAAUUUAUACCAAAAUUUCACACCCUCGCAGUGGCAGGAUAUCUACAAGUUCUGUAAAAACGUUUUGAAUUCACAUCCCAGUUUAUCAGGUUUGCCAUGUGCUUCUAACACAACUGGAAUCCGUGAUUGGCUACUGAAGAACUUUUAUAAGUUCAUGUCGCAGAUUCCCUUCACAGAAUUGUUACAUCUGAACAAGAACUUCUCUGUGUUUGAAGUACUGGACUUCUUGAGUACAUCACAACUCUCUGGACUCACUGUGAAGUCACUGAAUAACGCAUCUGACAUCAAUAUGAUUAUUGACAUCCUCAGAAAUAAAAGCUUCACAGAUUUGGUUGCCUACAUUACCCAAUUUAUUAAUGACACACGGCAGAUGGACAUUACAUCCAUUCAACACACAGUAGUAAGAGACACAUUGUUGAAUGGGAUUAUGCGGCUAUUGGGACCCCGGUUUGUAAGAUUCAAUACCACAGAUUAUGUUGAGUGGUUCCAGAAAAGAUUACAAUUGCUGCUGCCCAGUAUCACAGCCGAGGAGCUGGCCUCUAUCCCCACUAAUAUCUCAUGUGAAUCAUAUCGAGCCAUAUUGAAAGGACUGGAUAAUUUAUAUCUAAAUUUUACACUGUCACAGAAUCAUGAGAUCUACGCUUUUGGUAAAAGGUUUCUGAAUUUCCAACUCAAUGUAUCAGGCUCCUUAGGUAUAGUGUGUGUUGACAACACCAAUGGAACUCGUGAAUGGAUAAUAAAGAACUUCUUCCGAUUCAUGGCACAAUUUAAAUACAGUGACUUUGUGACUCUAAACAAGAACUUCUCUGGUUUCGAAGUUUUGGACUUACUCAGCCCAUACCAACUUGCUGAACUGACUGUAACCUCUGCAUUGAAUAGCACAGAGAAUAUCAGCAAGAUACUUGAUACCCUUGCAAGCAGAGGCUUCAGAGACUUGAACAAAUACAUUACUCAAUUUAAUCGAGAAACUCAAGAGGCGAACAUUACUGUUAUUAAAAACUCGAGAGUGCGGCGCAUAAUGCUGAGCAGAAUCAUAAAGCUGCUGGAACCUCAGUUUCCAAUAUUUAAAACCAUCGACUAUAUUGACUGGUUCCAGACCAAAUUAUGUCUUUUGCUGCCCAGUAUUACAAAAAAUGAGCUUGACACCAUUCCCAACAACAUAACCUGCAAAGCUUACCAGUCUAUAGUGAGAGAACUGGACAAAUUACAUCCAGAUUUAUCAACGGAACAACAAAGAAACAUUUCUGAUUUUAUUGUAGAUUAUUUGUCUGCCCAACUUGUUUCCACAGAAACUGCAUGUACUGCUGGCACUAACGGAAGUAAAGCUUGGCUCCUAACUAACUUCGGCAGAUUCCUAUCAUUUGUCCCCUACAGCAAACUCCUAGCUCUGAACAAGAACUUCAUUGGGUUUGAUGUCAUAGAAUUACUGUCUGUUUCACAACUGGGGGAACUGGCUGGCAAUGGGGCACUGAGGAACCGUUACAAAGUGCAGAGAAUUUUCAGAAACAUCAAUAAUGGCACCAUUGUUGAGUUCAUUGAUGCAUUCAGAACUGCUGCUGACAAGAGAAAAGUGGAUUUCUCUCCUGGUGUGCAAACAGCUUUGUUAGAGGAAGUUCUCAACCUCAUUCAGCCGAUUCUUUCAAAUGCCAGUACUGCUGAGCUCCAUUUCUGGUUUGGAACAAGGCUACAAGCACUGUUACCUGGACUUAAUGAAACCAUGGUACCUUCAUUAUUUGUCACUGAAAGCUGCAAUGGGUCUCAAGUCAUUAUCUCCGCAUUGAGCUCAAUCAAACAACAACUAGAUAUUGCUGUUCAAGAAGCCAUAUACAGGAAUAUAUUAGUUUCCAAUAAUGUCUCACCCCUUCAUUGCUUUGGGAACAACAGUUUUGUUGAUUACCUAAACAAUCGAUUCCAAAAUUUCUCAGAAUUUCUAACACUGACGGAUACAUUUCAUCAGGUCCCUCGCAGUCAACUUGCUGAGGUGUUGAAAACCAUCGAUCCCAGUGGAUUGGCUGAUCUUCUGAACAGGCCAAGAUUCAUUAAUAACAACAAGAUUCUGAUCACAGUGUUAACUACUUAUGGAUCCGUUCAGAAUCUAGUUACAUUUAUCGAUAUUUUCAACCAAACAGUCCAAGAUAGUCGUCUGACCGAUGAUAAUCGUGUUGCAUUUCUGGAGGUUUUCUGGUACCACUUUGCUACAGCAUUGUCUGAAAACAAAGAUAUUAAUGUGGAUGAAUGGCUUAAUGUCAGACUGCAACCAUAUUUGCCUUUUAUCACAACUGAACUCUUGGCUUCCAACGUCACUCUGAAAAUUCCGUGCUUUCCUUACAGGAAAAUUGUGAGAACAUUGAACGCUCUCUACAGUAACAUGACUUCUAGCAAACGGAGAGAAAUCUACAAUGGGAUCAAAAUUUAUUUACAACAAGAACCCAAACCCAAAUGCUACAAUGCAAGUGAUCCAGUUCUGAACUCCACUGCUUGGUUUGUUGACUACCUGGGACUGUUUCUGAAUCAAAUAUCACUGACUGAUCUUCAGUCUUUCUUUGAUGAUGAGACCCAGCUUCAAGAGUUUGUGGCAAACCCUACAAAUCAGGCUCUUUUUGAAAAACUGAUGCUAUCCACUGAAAUCACAAGAUUCUUUAUUAACUUGCUAUUGAAAAACAACUCGCUUGUUAAUGCUACCAGUCUACCAGACUCUCUUGUUUGCUUUAUCCUCGGCACUGAUGCACUUAAGUCCUUGAAUGUGCGGGAAGCUUUGGCUAUAAUUAAGAAGGUCAAUGAUGUCUGUAAACUCACUUCUCCAUUCAACAGAACUGGGAAUACAUCUUUUCUGAGCGAUGAUGAACGAAAGCUCGCAAUCUUCUUGGUCAGCAAGUUCAACAACUUCUCAGUCAUCACUCUGAAUAGUUUGGGACAAACAGCUUUUGGGCUGUCAUUGUCCCAGAUUAGAGGUAUUGAAGCGAACAUUCUGCAGGAAGCUCUGCCAACCCUGGGUCAAGUCAAAAGAUGGAAUCUGGGGCAGGCUAAAGCAAUUGUAACUAAGUUACUUAAAAACGGCUUCCAGGUCAAUAACAAAGAGAAUUUGCUAAAGCUAGGAACCUUGGUGUCUGGUAUUCCAAGCAAUGUGUUCCAAGGUAUCAAUCCUGGGAUUUUCAUCACUUUAAUCUCAAAUUUAACAUUUGUUGAGAAUAUUGGAGCAGCGCCACAGCCUCUACAAUCGAUAUGUGUUCUGCAGGUGUUGCGGAAUGUGGAAGACCCUGUACAAACAGUGAAGAACAUUCCAUCUGUUCUGGCCAAAGAGGUCCCCCCUGUCCUGUUAAACUCAAACUUAGGCCUCAGUGACGUCAACGACAAGCAAUGGGCUCCCAGUCAGGCUGCUGUGUUUUUUGAAAGUGUUGUGAAACGCAGUAAUGAUUAUGACACAUUCUCACCUUCAGUUCUGCAAGGUUUCAGUUGUGGUGCAGUCAAAGAUCUGAAUUUUACAAAUUUUCUUCAGCUUGUUCAAGCAAUGAAGGGGAAGGGGGCUAUGCUUGAUGAAAGUCAGCUCAGUUGCAUGUUUUUUCGACUAACUUCGAAAGGAAAAGUGCCAGACAAAGACAAGUUGCCUGUGGAUGUUCUGCUUUAUUUUAACUCUAAGAACUUCAGAACAUCUCAAAACUGCGAGUCAUUCUUCAAAGGUGUUGGAAAAUCAAACUUUCGUCUCUUACCGAAAGGAUCGUUAAGAAGACAAAAUCUGUUGGAAGAUGCCAAAAUCUGUUUGGGAAUUAAUAGCAGAAAUCUGACCAAGGAGAAUAUUGCAGUACUGGGAGGUUUGGUGUGUGACCUUGAGGGUUCAGUCAUCAAAGAAUCUGAUCUUUCCAUCUUGGAGGCAUUGAAGACUUGUACCUCGUAUGGAGAGGAUCAGAAGAGAGCCAUUGAAACUCUGCUUCAAGGUGGAACCAGCAUCUAUGGCACUCCUUCAUCUUGGUCAUCAUCUACAGUCAAAGAUCUUGGAAAUCUUCCUUUAGCCUUGACUGACACAUGGAGUCAAGUAAACAGGGACGUCCUUAAACAAGCUCUCCCAAGAUUCAUCAAGAAAGUGAAGAUGUUCACACCACCCAGUGAAAUGCUUAUAUUUAUAAAUCAGCUCAACCUAAGAAGAGAUUCAGACAACAUAGCAAACUGUACAAAAUUAGCAGCAGAGGCCAUUGAUGAUCUGACCCCUGCAAUCUAUGAUACAACCAAGUUGGACCUCUGUUUGAGUGACCGUGUGCUGAAAGACAAUGUGCUCCAAUUGGGAGCUCUUGCCUUUAAUCCUACUCAGCUGGAGAUUCUGAAAAAGAGACUAAUACAGAUAUACCCCAAUGGGCUACCAGAAAGCCAGAUUCAACUGCUGGGGAACAUAUCGACUGUGUUUAAUGUGACGGACAUCAGUCUUUGGAAUAUCACUGAGGUCGUGACACUUUCUGCACUAAUGAUACAGAAACUGGAAAGUCCAAUGGUGAAAUCUAUCAUUGAAAGAUAUCUUCAAUUGGGUGGAGUUCUGAAUGCAGUUUCUGUAAAAGCUAUUGGUGGUCCAAAUCUGUGCCUUCUGAAUGAAAGCCUGUUGGUAACAAUUUCAAAUUUAACGGAUGCAGGAGCACUGGAUCUUUCAACGUGUACACAGUCACAGAAAAAUCUGUUGUACAACCAAGCAUCCUCCGCAUUGAGAUCUCAGCAAAGCAGCCCUAUACCCUACUUUCAACUACUGAGGCCAUAUCUAGGUGGUAUCCCACAGGGUGAUCUUGAGAUGCUUGCAAAUAACUCAGUAAACAUGGAUUUUGCAACCUUCAUAAGCCUGAAUCCCGAGGAAGUAAAGAACUUGAGCGCCCAGAAUCUGAUUGACUUGCUUGGAUAUAAUCUUCAAGCUCUUCAAAGUGGAGCUAAUGAAACUGUGGUGACGGUUUGGGUGAACUCACACUUUCAAUCUGAAGUCCAGAAACUGGGUUUGACUGGAGGAAUUCCAGAUCCUACUCUAGAGUCAAUAUUUUGUGCUGGCAAAGACAGUUCGGCUGUUAAUAGUUUCCUGAAUGAUGUUAAGCAGAACCAAAUCUGCAACUUUAAAGUUGCAGAAUAUGCAUGUUCUCAGACUGAUCUACUGAGGGCACAUAUAAACAGUGAAGCUUUAUCUUCCAUAUUUGACUGCUUCACUGGCCCAAUGGUUCUGAAUACCUCUGAUAAAACAGCACUGACUGUUUUCCUUCAGAAAUUUGAGGAAACCACAAGGAAUGAAGCACUGGAAAAGUUCAACAACAGGACGCUGAACACAUCAUCCAUUCCUUUGAUGACAAAGAUCACGUUCGUGAAUGCUCUGUGGGAGAUUGUGAAGACCAAUGAAAAUUUAACCGACCCAGAUUUCCUGAGGAAAUGGUUCCAGGAGAGAUUUAGGCCUUUCAUUGCUGGCAUUUCUCAGUCAGUGCUAAACCGCCUUCUGAUGAGGAACAUAACCUGUGAUGGUUACCAAGCUGUCGUAAAAGGACUCGGUUAUGGUCUUAGGGAAAUGCCACCGGAAACGAGAAUGACGGUACUGCAAGAGUGGGUUCUUAAUUUCCUCAACACCACAGCAUUUUCUCUUAAUUGUUACAAAAGCAACAGUUUUAUUCAAUUCUUGAAGAGGUCAGUCCAGAAGUUCUCCGGCUUUAUAACUCUGAAGGAUGUAUCUAUGCUGGUUCCUCCUGACCACUUAGCUGAGUUGGUGAAUAGCAUCGAUCCCAGAGAAUUGGCUCAGGUGCUGAGCAGUCCUGGAUUCAUUAAUGACAACAAAAUAUUGACCAAUAUCUUAGUCCACAUCCAACCCAGCAAGAACCUGGCUGCACUUAUAAAUCAAUUCAUCAUCGAAGCACAAAAUAGCAAUGUUUUAAUGGAUGUUAUUAAGAGGUUGGAGCUUGAGUUUUCCAGAAUCCUGUCUGGAGUUGAUGAUCUAAAUGUGAAGGAAUGGAUUAACAAUGUACUGAUUCCAUCUCUGCCUGAGAUCACUACCAUUGUUUUCGGUUCCAAUAACAGCCUCGAAAUUCCAUGCUUAGCAUUGGAAAAGAUUGUCAUGGCAUUGAGUUUUUUCAAACAGCAGCAGAGCGUGUAUGAUCAAGAAAUUAUUUACGAUAAUUUGUUAAAUUAUGCCAAAGCAUUCCCUCUUCAUUGUUAUCAAAAUGGCAGUUUUGUCCGUUAUUUGAGGAACUAUUUCCAAGCAUUCUCCGACUUUCUAACUCUGAAGGACGCAUUUUCAUUUAUUCCUAUUGACCGUUUAAAUGAGGUGUUGGAUAACAUUAAUCCAAGUGAAUUGGCUGAUUUACUGAGUAAGCCUGAAUUCAUUGAUGACUUUGAGACCUUGACCAAUAUCUUAAUCCACAUCCACUCCAUCCAGGAUCUGAAGUUACUAAUAGGAGAGUUCAUCGCCAAAAUGCCAAAUCAGACUAAGUCCUUAACUGCUAUCUUAGAUGGUGUGCAGUCUGAAAUUAGAAAAAGCCUCUCUGGACUCAGCGAAAUAGAUGUGAAGGAAUGGAUUAAUGAAACCCUACUUCCAUCUUUGCCAUCGAUCGUCGAAAUAGUUUUGAAUUCCAAGUUUUCCGUGAACAUCCCAUGUGCCCUUAACAGAAAAAUUGUCUCAGUAUUGAGCUAUGUCAAAGAUCUGCUGAGUAAGAGCGAUCAAGAAUUCAUAUAUAGAAAAUUAUUGGAAAAUGCUAGAGUGUCCACUGCCAUGUGUUUGGGAAACACAAGUUUUGUUCUUUACCUGAAGAACUAUUUCCAAGGUUUUUCCAACUUCCUCAUUCUAAGCGAUGCGUAUUCACUGGUUUCUCCGAGCCGUGUAAAUGAGGUGCUGGAUAGUAUUGAUCCAAGUGAUUUGGCUGUUGCACUGAGCAUGCCUGGAUUCAUUGACAGCAGUGUGGUUCUGAUCAGGGUGUUGAUCCGCUUCCAAUCCGUCGAUAAAUUAUUAAUACUUAUCGAUCAAUUUUCCAAAAAUAUUCAAGACGGUGAAUAUUUUGAUGAAGUCAUAGAAGGGUUACAGAAAGAGUUUUACAGAAGUAUGGCUGGGAUCAGUGAGAUAGAUUUGGACAUAUGGCUUAAUAACACAUUAAUUCCAUCUCUGCCAUUGAUCACAAACACUGUUUUGGCUUCCAACAACAGCCGGAGAUUUCCAUGCCCUUUCCUCAAAAGAAUAAUUGAGCUACUGAGCUAUUUCAAAGACCGGCAGGAAAUCAAUGAUCAAGAGGCUGUAUACAAAAACUUACUAACAUACAAUAAAGCAUUCCCUCUUUAUUGUUAUCACAACAACAGUUUUUUCCUUUACCUGGAAAUGUAUUUCCAAGAGUACACCAUCUUUCUAACUCUGAAGGACGUUGCUUCACUGGUUCCUCCUGACCGUGUGGCUGAGGUGCUGAAUAGCAUUGCUCCGAGCAAAUUGGUUGAUCGGUUGAGAACACCUGGAUUCAUUGAUGACAACAAGACUCUAACCUCUUUGUUUCUGAAUAUCAAACCAAUCCAGAACCUGGCUGCAUUUAUAGAUGCUUUCAACAACAAAACCCAAGAUGUGAGCUCAAAAAGUUAUUUACAAUUCAGGGAUCGCAAGAUUUAA